ACUCAAGCUCUACAAUAUAAUUUGUUUUUCUUGAUCUGCGUUAAUAGAUUGUUUUCUUGCUUUCAGGCAAAGGGAAAAAUUGUGGUAUUUAAUGAGAGAUGGGUAGAUUAUCGAACUUCAGUGAUUUAUCGAGCCCAUGGUGCUGCAGAGGUAGCCAAAGUUGGCGGUGUUGCCUCUCUUAUCCGCUCUGUGACUCCUUUCUCAAUCUACAGUCCACAUACUGGCUGGCAAGAUUAUGAACAAGAGGUAAAGAAAAUUCCCACGGCCUGCGUUACAGUGGAAGAUGCAGAAAUGAUGGCAAGGAUGGCUGCUAGAGGAACAAAAAUAGUUAUCAACUUAAAGAUGGCCGCCAAAAAAUUGCCUCCAGUAGUUUCAAGGAACACAGUUGCCGAGAUAAAAGGCAGUGUAUAUCCAGAACAGGUUGUUCUUGUUGGCGGUCAUUUAGACAGCUGGGAUGUUGGCCAAGGUGCUAUGGAUGAUGGGGGUGGUGCAUUCAUUUCAUGGCAAGCACUGUCAGUGAUACGUCAGUUAAAUCUGAAACCAAAACGUACCAUGCGAAUGGUGUUGUGGACAGCUGAGGAGGUGGGUCUUCUUGGAGCAAAGCAAUAUUACAACCGUCACAAAGGAAAUGCCGGUAACUUCAGCUUGGUGAUGGAGUCUGAUUAUGGAACAUUUGUGCCUAAGGGUAUAACCUUUAAUGGAGGUGAAAAAGCACAAGCUAUAAUGAGGGAAGUCAUGAGUCUGUUGAAACCAAUAAAUGUCACCAACCUUAGAGUUAAAAAUAUUGGUGGUGAGAUCUCCUUCUGGGUCCGUGAUGGGGUACCAGGUGGAGGUUUAGACAAUGCAAACAGCAAGUACUUCUUUUUCCAUCAUACAAACGGUGACACCAUGACUGUCCAGGAUCCUGAUGCCAUGGACCUGUGUGCCGCAGUAUGGGCUGUAGUGGCUUACACUGUGGCAGAUCUGGAUGAGAUGCUGCCUCGAGACUAGAAGGAAC